AUGAAGGUUAACAAAUAUUACGAUCUUGCCACAAGCUUCUAUGAGUACGGUUGGGGAGAAUCAUUCCAUUUUGCCCCAAGAUGGAAAGGGGAAUCUCUUCGUGAAAGCAUCAAGCGACAUGAGCACUUUCUUGCUUUACAACUUGGCAUAAAGCCUGGGCAAAAGGUUUUGGAUGUAGGAUGUGGAAUUGGUGGACCUUUGAGAGAAAUCGCUAGAUUUAGUUCCACAUAUGUGACAGGAAUAAACAACAAUGAAUAUCAGAUAACAAGAGGAAAGGUACUAAACCGUGCUGCAGGAGUGGAGCAAACCUGCAAUUUUGAGAAGUUUGAUGCAGUGUAUGCAAUUGAAGCUACUUGUCACGCUCCUGAUGCGGUUGGAUGCUACAAAGAGAUAUACAGAGUCUUGAAGCCAGGUCAGUGUUUUGCUGCAGAUGAGUGGUGCAUGACUGAUGUAUUUGAUCCAAAUAACCAAGAUCACCAACAAAUUAAGGCAGAAAUUGAGCUUGGUGAUGGCCUCCCAGACAUUAGAUCCAUAAGACAAUGUCUUGCUGCAUUGAAAGAAGUGGGUUUUGAAGUUAUAUGGGAGAAAGAUCUAGCUAAAGAUUCACCCCUUCCAUGGUACUUACCUCUCGAUACAAGUCAAUUCUCUCUUGUCAAUUUUCGUGUUACAGUUGUUAGACGCUUUUUUACAAGGAACAUGGUUAAGGCCUUUGAAUGGAUGGGACUUGCUCCAAAAGGGAGUCAAAGGGUUCAAGCUUUUUUAGAGAAAGCUGCCGAUGGGCUUUUCGCUGGCGGAAAGAAGGAGAUAUUCACACCAAUGUACUUCUUCUUGGCUAGAAAGCCCAAGUAG